CCCUGCCGGGGGAGGGACCGGGGGCCUGGAACAGACGGUGGACCGGGGACGGCGGGAAGGCGAGGAACCCUGGCCGCGUCCUGGCCGCCCACGGGCUCCUAUUUCCUUGUCAAAGCUAAGGAGGCUUUAAAAGCUGAAGCAUGGACCAGCGAGAGCUGCCUCCUCCCACACCUGAAGCUGCAGAAAAUGAAGUAAAAUACGACACUAAUAAUAACGAAGAGGAAGAGGGGGAACAGUUUGACUUUGACAGUGGAGAUGACAUUCCAGAAGCAGAUCGACAAGCCCCCUCCACCCUGGAGGCCAGCAGCGCUGAAGCAAGGGAAGCCGCCCCCACUGCUGGAGAUGAAAAUGGAAGUGGAACGGAAGCCACUGCAGUGGUGGAACCUACUAAACUCGUGGUCCCGUUGAAAGUAAACCCGUAUUCCGUCAUCGACAUCACGCCAUUCCAGGAAGACCAGCCCCCGACUCCAGACCCAAACCCUGAGGAGGAAGGUGGAGGUCUCCACGUGCCCAGUGGGUACUCAGUGCCUGUGCCCUGCGGCUACGCGGUCCCCUCCAAUCUGCCCCUCCUGCUGCCAGCCUACUCCAGCCCUGUCAUCAUCCGCACCGUGUCUGUGGAUGAAGGAGCAGAAACACCAGAAGUCACAGAAGAGCACCAGUUUAAUUCUUUAAGUUCUGAGGAGCCGCCAAACAGUGAAGAUCAAGUGAGUAAAGAAGACAGUGCCCUAGCCCGAUGGGUUGCAGAUCCUGCCAAUACAGCAUGGAUGGACAAUCCAGAAGAAGCCAUUUAUGAUGAUGUGCCGAGAGAAAAUUCAGACUCUGAACCAGAUGAGAUGAUCUAUGACGAUGUUGAGAAUGGAGAUGAAGGUGGAAACAGCUCCCUGGAGUACGGGUGGAGUUCAAGUGAAUUUGAAAGCUAUGAAGAGCAGAGCGAUUCGGAGUGCAAGAACGGAGUUCCCAGGUCCUUCCUGCGUAGCAGCCACAAAAGGCAGCUUUCCCAUGACCUAACCCGUUUAAAGGAGCACUAUGAGAAAAAGAUGAGAGAGUUGAUGGCAAGCACAGUGGGAGCGGUAGAGCUUCAGCAGCUCAAGCAGAGACAUGAAGUGAAGAUGCAGAAGCUCAUGAAGGCUGCCAGGGAGGGCACCAAAGAUGGGCUUGAAAAAACCAAAGCCGCUGUAAAGAGAGGCCGUUCGUUCAUUAGGACCAAGUCUUUUAUUUCUCAAGAUCACAGAUCUUGUCUUGAUGAAGAGCAGAAUGUAUUCAUCGACGUGGAGUGCAGGCACCCGGAAGCCAUCCUGACGCCGAUGCCCGAAGGACUAUCCCAGCAGCAGGUUGUAAGAAGAUACAUUCUGGGUUCAGUUGUUGACAGUGAAAAAAACUACGUAGAUGCUCUAAAGAGGAUUUUGGAGCAAUAUGAGAAACCACUGUCAGAGAUGGAGCCAAAGAUUCUGAGUGAGAGAAAACUGAAGAUGGUGUUCUACCGAAUCAAAGAAAUUCUGCAGUGCCAUUCCAUGUUUCAGAUCGCGCUGGCCAGCCGUGUGUCCGAGUGGGACGCCGUGGAAAUGAUUGGCGACGUCUUCGUGGCUUCGUUUUCUAAGUCCAUGGUACUGGAUGCUUACAGUGAAUAUGUGAAUAAUUUCAGCACAGCUGUAGCAGUUCUCAAGAAGACCUGUGCUACAAAGCCUGCUUUUCUUGAAUUUUUAAAGCAGUGCCAGGAGUCGAGCCCAGAUCGAACCACACUCUACAGUUUGAUGAUGAAGCCCAUCCAGAGGUUUCCACAGUUUAUUCUCCUGCUCCAGGAUAUGUUGAAAAAUACAUCCAGAGGACAUCCUGACAGGCUGCCUCUUCAGAUGGCGCUGACAGAACUCGAAACCUUAGCAGAGAAAUUAAAUGAGAGGAAAAGAGACGCUGACCAACGCUGCGAAAUUAAACAAAUAGCAAAAGCCAUAAAUGAAAGAUACCUGAACAAGCUUCUCAGCAGUGGAAAUCGAUACCUCAUUCGAUCCGAUGAUAUGAUAGAAACAGUUUAUAAUGACAGAGGAGAAAUUAUGAAAACCAAAGAACGUCGACUCUUCAUGUUAAAUGACGUGCUCAUGUGUGCUACGGUCAGUUCACGGAAAUUUUUCCUGUUAACAAGAUUCUCCAGAAUACCUGAGCAUGCUUGCUCAGAUAGUCAUCAUACCUCGCAUGAAAACAAUUCUAUUGUAUCAACAAGCCAAAGGUACUUAUUGAAGUGGAGUGUUCCUCUUGGACAUGUGGAAGUAAUAGAAUAUGGCAAUAACCAAGGUGCAGGAGAACAUAGCCGGUACCAAGCUGUACACCCACCUGAAAGCCUGGCAGUGGUUGCUAAUGUGAAGCCAAACAAAGUUUACAUGGGGCCAGGACAACUGUACCAAGAUUUACAAAAUUUGCUACAUGACUUAAAUGUAAUUGGUCAAAUCUCUCAGCUAGUAGGAAACCUCAAAGGAAAUUAUCAGAACUUAAACCAGUCAGUGGCCCAUGAUUGGACAUCAGGUUUACAAAGACUUAUUUUGAAGAAAGAAGAUGAAAUCAGAGCUGCUGACUGCUGCAGAAUUCAGUUGCAGCUCCCAGGGAAGCAAGACAAGUCGGGGCGACCGACUUUCUUUACAGCUGUGUUCAAUACGUUUACCCCUGCCAUCAAAGAGUCUUGGAUCAACAACUUACAGAUGGCUAAGCUCGCCCUCGAAGAGGAGAACCAUAUGGGCUGGUUCUGUGUGGAAGAUGAUGGGAAUCAAAUUAAAAAGGAAAAACAUCCUCUUCUGGUUGGACACAUGCCCGUGCUGGUGGCCAAGCAGCAGGAGUUCAAGAUUGAAUGUGCUGCUUAUAACCCUGAACCUUACCUAAACAAUGAAAGUCAGCCGGAUUCAUUUUCCACGGCGCAUGGCUUCCUGUGGAUCGGAAGUUGUACCAAUCAAAUGGGUCAGAUUGCCAUCGUCUCCUUUCAAAAUUCCAACCCCAAGGUCAUCGAGUGCUUCAAUGUGGAGUCGCGCAUCCUGUGCAUGGUGUACGUUCCCGUCAAGGAGAAGCCCCGAGAGCCCGACGCAGUCUCAGACCCUGAACCCACAGCCACGAGAGCUUCUGACAUCCCCACCAUCUGCUUAGGGAUGGAAGAAGGAAGCAUUUCUAUUUAUAAAAGCAGCCAAGGCUCCAAGAAAGUGAGACUCCAGCACUUUUUCACUCCCGAGAAGUCCACGGUCAUGAGCUUAGCAUGCACAUCUCAGAGCCUGUAUGCCGGCCUUGUGAACGGGACGGUGGCCUGCUACACCAAAGCCGAAGAUGGAUCCUGGAAUUCCGAGCCUCAGAAAGUGAUCAAAUUAGGCGUCCUACCAGUUAGAAGUCUACUGAUGAUGGAAGACACACUGUGGGCAGCUUCCGGAGGUCAAGUUUUUGUAAUCAGUGUCGAGACUCAUGCUAUAGAGAAUCAGCUGGAGGCCCACCAAGAGGAAGGGAUGGUCAUCUCCCACAUGGCCGUGGCUGGCGUGGGGAUUUGGAUUGCCUUCACCUCCGGGUCCACCCUUCGCCUCUUUCACACAGAAACGCUCAAGCACCUGCAGGACAUUAACAUCGCCACCCCAGUUCACAACAUGCUGCCAGGGCACCAGCGGCUGUCUGUGACCAGCCUGCUCGUCUGCCAUGGCUUGCUGAUGGUUGGCACCAGCCUGGGCAUCGUCGUGGCCCUGCCAGUUCCUCGUCUGCAGGGGAUUCCCAAAGUGACUGGAAGAGGUAUGGUCUCCUACCAUGCACAUAACGGUCCUGUGAAAUUCAUUGUCAUGGCUACAGCUUUACACAAGAAAGACCAAGACAAAUCUAGGGACAGCCUGCCCUCUGUCCCUGACCCCCAGGAGGAGGACCAGAAGGACGUGCUUCCCAGUGAGGAAUCCAAUUUUUGCCCCAGCCAGAGCCACCCUGACGGGGCCGUCUGGUUGGGAGAUCCGCCAGGAUUGAUGAGUCAGAAAAGCGAUCUGUCUUCCUCAUCCGGAUCCCUGAGCUUGUCCCACGGCUCCAGCUCUCUCGAGCACAGAGCAGAGGACAGCAUCCUCUACGACCUCCUUAAGGACCCCACCUCACUUCGGAGCAAAGCACGGCGGUCCAGGAAAGCCAGGGCCAGCUCAGCACUGGUGGUGUGUGGAGGCCAGGGCCACAGACGGGUGCACAGGAAGGCCAGGCAGCCAGGCCAGGAGGAGCUGGUGUCCUCCGUGAUGGUCUGGCAGAUCCCCCCGCUGCUGAACGUAUAGGCAGGACGGCACGUCUUCUGGUAUCUGAAUUCGCAGUCAAGAAUUGACUUCUCAUCUAAAUCAGAUGGUGUGAGCAACUGAGCUCUGUCUACACUGGUUGGGGAUCUAUUGAAAACCGUCUUUGGGAAGGAAAUGUGCAACAUCAUCAUGCAUCAUCGCGGCCAGCUCUUUCCUUCUCUUCCACACAGCAGAACUAAAUGUGAACACUUCUAAAGGAAGUGGAAGAUGGAUACAGUUUGUGAGUCACUGAGUAAAGUUCUGGGAAAACACCACAUUCUUGAUUUUUUUUUUUUUUUAAGUUUUGCGCUAGAGUAGAUGUGCUCACCAGAGAGACAGAGACAGAG